GGGCGCAUGCUUAGGUUGACAUCUUGUUUUCAUUGGUUAACUGUCGUGCGUCAGUGUUGGCGUGUGCGCGUUUCCUACCACUGUCCAAGGUAGAAGUCAUCUCGUAGGGUUCAUCAUAGUCUGCUCAACCACUUUGACUUACAUCUCAACACCCAGGCUUCUGUCGUACAGCAAAGAGCACAACCCAAUCAAGUCCUUAUUUAUCUGUCUCGACGGAGCAUGAAAACCGAGGUGAUUUCAUCUUAACUUUCUUGGCUGUCUUGUUACAAAACUCUGCUCUUAAAAGAAGCAAACGGCAUCGAGUUUACGCGCCUGCUAGAGUUUCAUUCUAAGCUCUGACAUCCACUGCGUCGCAAUAUUUCUGACUCUUUUUACGCGAGUGCCUAAACUGCAUUAAGAGUUCCCCCCGAAAGGUCACAAUGAAUAAUUGGCCUAGUGUUGCCAUAGCAACAGUUACGUGCCUUUUGCUUUCGCCAAUCGCGUGCCUGCCUCUUCGUGACGUAGCUGAUGGCAACGACAGGCGGGAACGACUGAACACGUGGUUAGACCCCUCCGAUGCUAUGACAAAUCAGGGUUCCAAAGAGCUGGCAGAAUCGGCCAAGUCAAUGUUACUGGAUAAGCCAAGGGACUCGGGUUCCGUGCUGGAUUUACUGCUAGCUCUGCAAGACCCAAACAACCCUGGCGAUCAUGAAGGGUUCCUACGCAAACAACGACAGUCCAAAGUGGACGACUACGGUCACGGUAUGUUCUGGGGGAAAAGAGGUACUUGGCUACAUCAUGAUGAAAGGAAGAGUGGCAGAGCUGAUCAACAAAGCAAGAGGGCACAUGAUGAGUAUGGCUUCGGUCUAUUCUUUGGCAAGAGAGAUGGUGCAGAUUACGAUGACUUCACAUUGUAAAUUAUCUGACGAAUAAUUCAAACAAAUGAGGAGCACACAAAGCUUACUUGUUUCAUUGAAGGUUACCAAUAUAAAUUGACCCCAAGCCCUUUCGUGAGGAAAGAGAAUUUUGGAUUUUUAUGCAUUAGAAAUUUGAUUUAGGCCUAUGAAAAGGAGCAUGUAUUUUCAGUUAUCAUGAUAUUCACGUUUCAAGGGGAAAUCUUCAAAUUUGAUAAACAUUGUCUAGCUUCACCGAUUGAAAUUGGACUUCCUUUGUUCUAUUUCGUCGCUGUUUUGAAUCGAUUGUUGUGUUAUUUCGACUAUGCAGGGUUUGGACAGGUUGCGUGGAUUCCACAACUGUGCUAUUGACAUUCACGUCAUGCGCUAAUUUCAUGCCAAAAACAAGAGCUCUUUUUUUAUGAAAUAAAAGCUAUUCAAAGAGAAUUUUGCUUUUCUUUGCGGAGUAGGUCUGUUGUAUUAUACAUUGCAAAUGAAAUGUAUGAGAAAAGUGUUUUAAGUUUGAAAUUUGAUCGAAUUAUCAUUUAAGGCACUAAUGUAUGGACUUCACUCUCUCCUAUGAAUAAACUACGUAUGUAUUGUUGUAUACGAUCUUCUAUGUUUAAAUAGAAUAAUAUUCAGAUAGGAUUGAAAUUGUUCACUUUAAGGGGCGCACUUUCCGCCCAAUCUUGGACUCUUUUCAGCAUUGAAAGACAAAAGCUUGUAGACUUACAACAGAAAUUAAUAGCCGACCAUGAAGGAUGAGGGUUUACUCUCACUCAAAAACAACGCAAAACAUGGUUUGUGGGUGGCACGCGCCACAUUUAUUGUAGCUGUCAUUUCCGGGGAGUUCGGGCUCAUUGUCUUAAUAACAAUUAUUGGCUAUGGGACACCUGCAAAUAAUUAUAACAUUUCGACUGGCGCUUACAACCUUGGAAGUAAUGAGCUGAGGUGUGAUGAUAUCACACUGUGUUUACUGAUACAGGUGGGGACACACCAAAAGAUAAUUAAGUCCUUUACGGCAUAUGUUUUCGGUUUCAGGGCAAACUGGAUAUUACUUUGAUGGAAUAUAUAUGAACAUUAUUGUAUAAAUAUGUUUUAAACUAAACAAACCCACUGCUGUCGCUUAAUAAAAAUAUUGAAAUAGAUGCACGAUUUGUUAGCAGUUUUUGCCCAGUAUAAAGCACGCUUAGUGACAAACCAGCACUUGUAGCAUAUAAGUAACCUAAGGUAAAAGUUAGCCACAAAAUCAGACCUGACAUUAUAAAAAUGCCUGCCCGUGAACAUGAUGACCUUGUAAAGUGACACAGUGACGUCUGCAGAAUAUUCUAGUAUCGUCAUUUUUCCACAACUUUUUAUCAGUAUUUGUUUUAGAUAUUUAGAUUGCUAGUGAAUUCAGAUGUUCUUGAUGUUAUGCUAUAUUGUUACCUUUCAAGUAUUAUUCGCAAAUGCAAAAGGAUGCGACAGUUUCAUGUUCGAUUAAAGCCUUUGUACAAAGCAAUGCACAAGCAAACUCAUUCAAUUAAAUAAUCGAUUCCCAAAGCCUUUAA